AUGGACAGCGGGCAGCAAACUGGUUCCCAAAUCCCGAGGUUGAUAUGGAUCAUUGGAACGCCGAUAGUCUUCUGCAUAGGGAUUGUGGGAAAUGUUAUUACGAUAACUGUACUUUCAAAAAAGAAUCAAAAGAAAUCGUCAACAACGGUUUUCCUCACAGUGUUAGCAAUCACUGAUCUAUUAGUGAUGACAAUUUCCCUACCAAGAUGGUGGCUAAUUUACAUGUUUGGAAUAGACGUUCGUCAUUUGAGCAAUGGAAUGUGCAAGUUUCACUGGUUUCUUACAUACUUCGACAGCGCCGUCUCUAUUAGCAUUCUUGUUGCAGUGACCAUUGAGCGAGUAAUCAGCACAGUGAAGCCAUUUAAGAUGAAAACGUUUUGCACAGUUAAAAGUGCAGUCAUAAUCUCUGGCGCUAUUGUUAUAGCUAUGGUAUUAACCUAUGGUCAUGUUCUGUACGGCUUGGAAUUGUUUCACAAAGAAAUACCAAACAGGUCAAAUGGAAACACAAACAAUGAUGCAGAGACACUCACUGUUAACGAAAACGUAAUUACAAACCUUACAGAAACAACUUCAAACAGGCAGGAUUCUGACAUCAACAGAAACUGUAGCAUGUUCAAUUUGAAAAAAACAUCAAACUGUUCUACACAACAGUUACUUGUAGAAAAUGCAACAUUCUCAGAAGAAGGUACAGGGGUGUCUACACAUCUGAUAAAAAUGUGCUGGUUUAAAAAUCCAAAUUAUGGCAAGUUUUAUAGCGGUGCAUUUCAAAUAAUGAACAUCCUGCUUUACAAUGUCAUUCCUGAGACAAUUUUCCUCGUCAGUGGAAUCAUCAUUGUGAGAAAACUUACAACAAGCCGAAAACGUGUAGCACCAGAGGGGCCAAGACGCACUAGAAACCAACAAACUAUCAAUAGGGCAGAUGUUCAAUCAAAACAGAUCACAGUUUCAUUGCUUUUUGUAAAUGUUGUCUUUUUCAUCUGUACAACACCGAUUUUCAUUUUUCUUCUUGGGCGGUCAGUAUGGAUUGAUACGGAGAAUGGCAUGACGGAGACACAAGAGAUUAUCUGGGCUAUAUUUAACCUCCUGUUCUACACAAACCAUGCUGUGAACUUUAUCCUGUAUUUUCUCAGUGGAGCAAGGUUCAGACAGCAGGUUAUGGACACUUUACAUUGCAGGAAAUCUACCAUUAUUGAUAUUACAUCCAGAAGUCAAGUUAGCAGUGUUUAG